GCGGCGGGCCUGGGCGCGGCGCACGCGGGCCUCCUUCCGCUCGCGCCAGGCCGGAGGAGCCGCAGGAGGAGUUGCCCCCCGGAAGGCGGUGCCUGUGGUUGCAUUAGGGGACUGGGGCCCCCCGUCUUCCCCGGGGCUCCCCACUUUUCCCACCCGACCCCGAGGCCCAAGCUUAGGACCAGUCCAAGAUGGCAGAGACACUGGAAUUCAAUGACAUCUACCAGGAGGUGAAGGGCUCCAUGAACGACGGCCGGCUGCGACUGAGCCGCCAGGGCAUCAUCUUCAAGAACAGCAAGACGGGGAAAGUGGACAACAUCCAGGCGGGCGAGCUGUCCGAGGGCAUCUGGCGUCGGGUGGCCCUGGGCCACGGCCUCAAGCUGCUCACCAAGAACGGCCACGUCUACAAGUACGACGGCUUCCGGGAAUCGGAGUUUGAAAAGCUGUCGGAUUUCUUCAAAGCCAACUAUCGCCUGGAGCUGGCAGAGAAAGACCUCUGCGUAAAGGGCUGGAACUGGGGGACGGUGAAGUUUGGCGGGCAGCUCCUGUCCUUUGACAUCGGGGAGCAACCCGUCUUCGAGAUCCCCUUGAGCAACGUGUCCCAGUGUACCACGGGAAAGAACGAAGUCACCCUGGAGUUUCACCAGAACGACGAUGCCGAGGUCUCUCUCAUGGAGGUGCGCUUCUACGUGCCGCCCACCCAGGAGGAUGGCGUCGACCCUGUCGAGGCGUUUGCCCAGAACGUGCUGUCCAAGGCGGACGUGAUCCAGGCCACGGGCGACGCCAUCUGCAUCUUCCGAGAGCUGCAGUGCCUGACUCCCCGGGGCCGCUACGACAUCCGCAUCUACCCCACCUUCCUGCACCUUCACGGCAAGACCUUCGACUAUAAGAUCCCGUACACCACCGUCCUGCGGCUCUUCCUGCUGCCCCACAAGGACCAGCGCCAGAUGUUCUUCGUGAUCAGCCUGGACCCGCCCAUAAAGCAGGGCCAGACCCGCUAUCACUUCCUGAUCCUGCUCUUCUCCAAGGACGAGGACAUCUCCCUGACCUUGAACAUGAACGAGGACGAGGUGGAGAAGCGCUUUGAGGGCCGGCUCACCAAGAACAUGUCCGGCUCCCUGUACGAGAUGGUCAGUCGGGUCAUGAAGGCUCUGGUGAACCGCAAGAUCACAGUGCCCGGAAACUUCCAGGGGCACUCGGGGGCCCAGUGCAUCACCUGCUCCUACAAGGCCAGCUCCGGCCUGCUGUACCCUCUGGAACGGGGCUUCAUCUACGUGCACAAACCGCCCGUGCACAUCCGCUUCGACGAGAUCUCCUUCGUCAACUUCGCCCGCGGCACCACCACUACCCGCUCCUUCGACUUUGAGAUCGAGACUAAGCAGGGCACGCAGUACACGUUCAGCAGCAUCGAGAGGGAGGAGUACGGGAAGCUCUUUGACUUCGUCAAUGCCAAGAAGCUGAACAUCAAGAACCGAGGCCUGAAGGAGGGCAUCAACCCCAGCUACGACGAGUACGCCGACUCGGACGAGGACCAGCACGACGCCUACCUGGAGAGGAUGAAGGAGGAGGGGAAGAUCCGCGAGGAGAACGCCAACGACAGCAGCGACGACUCUGGGGACGAGACGGAUGAAUCAUUCAACCCAGGUGACGAGGAGGAUGACGUGGCAGAGGAGUUCGACAGCAACGCCUCCGCCAGUUCCUCGAGCAACGAAGGUGACAGCGACCGCGAGGAGAAGAAGAAGAAACCGGCCAAGAAGGCCAAAGUCGUCAAGGAGCGCAAACCCCGCAAGAAGCCCGUGGAGGGUAAGAAGGGGAAAGACCCCAAUGCUCCAAAGAGGCCCAUGUCCGCCUACAUGCUGUGGCUGAAUGCCAGCCGGGAGAAGAUCAAGGCCGACCACCCGGGCAUCAGCAUCACCGACCUGUCGAAGAAAGCCGGAGAAAUCUGGAAGGGAAUGACCAAGGAGAAGAAAGAGGAGUGGGACCGCAAGGCUGAGGAAGCCAAGAGGGAGUACGAGAAGGCCAUGAAGGAGUACAGCGAAGGAGGCCGUGGCGACUCUUCGUCCAAGAAGGACAAGUCCAAAAAGAAGAAGAAAGGAAAGGUGAAGGUGGAGAAGAAAUCGACCCCCUCCAAAAGCUCGCCUGCUUCCAAGUCUUCGCCCAAGCUGCUGAGCGAGAGCUUCAAGAGCAAAGAGUUCGUGUCGAGUGACGAGAGCUCGUCGGGGGAGAACAAGGGCAAGAAGAAGAGGAGGAGGAGUGAGGACUCCGAAGAGGAAGAGGUGGCCAGCACGCCCCCCAGCUCGGAGGAGUCAGCUUCCGGAUCCGACGAGGAGUAGAAACGGAGCCGUCUCCUUCCCCGCCACCUCCCUCCCGCGCCCGUCGGUUGCCCCGUCCGCCCCCGCUCCCCUCGGCCAGAGCGUUCUCCCGACUCCGAGCCACCCGAUCGGCCUCCCUCGUAGCACGGACUACGGUCUGGGCGGUUGCCUUCGGGGCGGCUUCCCCGCUGGAUCUGGGGAGAAGGGAGACGGGCGCCGGGGCGGCGCAGAACCCAGACCCUCUCUCGCUUGGGCACCGUCACGUAGGUGCCCCCUCCCUGCCCCCGGGCACACGGUCAGGCCUGCAGCUUCGAGCCGGGUCCGUUUCUAUUUUUAUUUUCUAUUUCCGAUCUGUGGACGUCCCAACAGAUUUAAUAAAGAAAGGCGCCUUUGGAA